AUGAAAACAAAUCACGAGAGCUUGAUUAUCAGUGAACCUGCUGCAAAGAGGCUAACGAAGGCCCCCAAAGGCUAUGUGCCGAUUCUGGUGGGCGACGAAGGAGAUGAGAUAGAGGAAAGAUUUUUUGUUCAUAUUAAGAUGCUAAGGGAUCCUUCCAUUAUCGACAUGGGCGGAUCCACCCAUACCUUAGGGUGGCUGGAUCCGCCCCUGAUUAUCGAGCUCUUUGAGAAGGCUGCAGAGGAGUUUGGUUACAGGCAGGAGGGAAUACUGAGGAUUCCUUGUGGUGUCGAACAGUUCAGGAGAACAGUGGGAGAACGUAGAAGAGAGAGAUAUUGA